CUGCUGUCGGUGCGGCCGGAGAGGCAUUGUGGUCGGUGGAUCCAGCGCGCAGAUCUAACCAUGCCUCCGGCGCGGCCCGGAGCUCCAAACUUUACCAACAACGCCUGACGCCUGCAGGACCCACACGGCACUAAAGGUUUUAAAUGGAAGCUGAAAAUAAAAGGGGCUUCAGUUUGUCCUGUGCGUCUUGACAUUCUGUUACGCUACUACUAAACUGCUGAAUUUAGUGGCCUCUAUUCAACAUCAAAGGUACUGUCCGAUCCUGGUGUUCCAAGGCUGUGCCCUGGCUCAACUGCAGCCAUGGAGGUGGCCCUGGUAAACUUUGAGAGUCUGGAGGACAUUGAUGGCAGUCUUGAAGAUGAGCUGGACACCUACACCGAUGAGACCACCUCUCUCACAGUAGGCAUGCCCCCAGAGCACAACAGUCCAGACAUCAACUAUCUUCUGCAAGCCCCUCAAAUAUCCUCUACACCUUCCCACUGCAGCUCUGUGCCAUCCUAUGUUUGGGACUCCACCUCAUCUUCUCCAAUUCCACAAACACAGAGACUGGGAGUACCUCAGUCCCCAACAAUGCCACCUCCAGGCAGAAAGAUGGGCAGUAGCUGUGCCAGCAUAAUCUCUAACUGGAAAUUGCUGUUGAACAGUGAGGGAGUUAAGGAAAGUGAGACAAUAUUUAGUCGACUUGCGAAGGAAUGCUGUGACGAUCUGUUUGUAGACAAACGAGGUCUGGAUGAUGGAGACCAAAAAGUCAUUAUCAACAUUGCUGGCCUCCGUUUUGAGACACAGCUCAAAACAUUGGACCAGUUUCCUGAAACACUUCUAGGAGACCCUUUGAAGAGGAUGGACUACUUUGAUCCAAUGAGGAAUGAGUACUUUUUUGAUCGGAACCGACCAAGCUUUGAUGGGAUCUUGUAUUACUAUCAGUCUGGGGGGAAAAUCAGAAGACCAGCUAAUGUUCCCCUUGAUGUCUUUGCGGAUGAAAUUAUUUUCUAUGAGCUUGGACAUGAGGCCAUGGAACAGUUCAGAGAAGAUGAAGGCUUCAUAAAAGAUGUUGACAUUCCACUACCUGAUAAUGAAAUAUAUAGGCAAUUUUGGUUGUUGUUUGAAUAUCCAGAGAGCUCUAAUGCAGCACGAGCUGUAGCACUGGUUUCUGUCCUCGUCAUUGUCAUAUCCAUUAUUAUUUUCUGCAUGGAAACACUGCCAGAAUUCAGAGAUGAUUCUGACACAGCUGCACCCACAGCAGUACAACCUUUCAACCAAUCCAAAGGCUACACUUCUGUUUCUCCACCUGGUGCAAAGGCCGCAACUUUCUCUGAUCCAUUUUUUUUUAUUGAAACAGUUUGCAUUGUCUGGUUCGCCUUUGAGCUGUGUGUUCGCUUUAUGGUCUGUCCUAGUAAAAGCGAGUUUUUCUACAAUAUCAUGAACAUCAUUGACAUCAUAUCCAUCAUCCCCUAUUUUGUAACAGUAAUUACAGAAUUGGUCUCGACACCACAAGAGAGCUCAGGACAGAACAUGUCUUUAGCCAUUCUGCGUAUUAUCCGCCUCGUAAGGGUAUUUCGUAUAUUCAAACUCUCACGUCACUCUAAGGGGCUUCAGAUCUUGGGGCAGACUUUGAAGGCUAGCAUGCGUGAGCUUGGUCUGCUUAUCUUCUUCCUCUUUAUUGGAGUAAUCCUCUUUUCUAGUGCUAUCUACUUUGCUGAGGUAGAUGAGCCAAAUACACAGUUUGUCAGUAUACCUGAUGGUUUCUGGUGGGCUGUGGUCACCAUGACCACUGUAGGGUAUGGCGACAUGUGUCCCAUAACCACAGGCGGUAAGAUUGUAGGCACCUUGUGUGCCAUCGCAGGUGUACUGACUAUUGCUUUGCCUGUUCCUGUCAUUGUUUCCAACUUCAACUAUUUCUAUCACAGAGAGACAGAAGCAGAAGACAAGCUUCCCUUGACAGAUGCUCUUGAGGAAGCCAUGAAGGCUGAGACAAAUAGUAAACAGAGUAGCAGCCCUUCACUCAAUAAAGCUAAUGGCAUCUUGUUAAGUAAGAGCACAUAA